AUGUCAUCUGAUAAGAAAAAAGUUUUAUUUAUUUGUUUUGCAAACAUUUGCAGAUCCCCAAUAGCUGAGGGAGUUUUCCAAAAAACUGUAAAUGAUCUUGGUAAAGGUAGUGAAUGGGAAAUAGACAGCGCUGCAAUAAGUGGUUGGCAAGUGGGGAGUCCACCAGAUUGGAGAGCAUUGGAUACAAUGAAGAAGCACAAUGUACCAUAUGAUAAUUAUGCAAGACAGCUAGAACAUGAAGAUUUUAACAAAUAUGACUACAUAUUUGGCAUGGAUGAUCAUAACAUGAGAUCACUUAGUUCUGAAGCACCAAAAGGAUGCAAAGCAAAAUGUUUACUAUUUGGCAGUUUUGAUCCUGAAGGCGACAGAAUUAUACGGGACCCAUACUUUGAUAGUGAUGCACUCGGUUAUGAAAAAUGUUACCAACAAUCUGUAAGAUGUUCUAAAGGGUUUUUGGAAGCAUUGGAGAAGGGAAGUCUGCAAUAG